AUGGGACGCGGGAAGAUGGCGUCUCCGGCGGGGUCGGUGGCUUCCUCCCGCAGCUGCUCUCGGAUAGGAGGCGGGAGGCGACACUGCCUGUGGCGGCGUGCUGGUCCUCUACUUUACUGGGUGCCGGUCCUCUUCAUCUGCAGCGUCCUGGCCUGGUCUUACUAUGCCUACGUCGCCCAGCUCUGUCUGGUAACAAUAUCAAAUAUUGGAGAAAAAAUGGUGUGCCUGAUUGCGUAUCAUCUAUUUUUCAUGAUGUUUUUGUGGUCUUACUGGAAAACAAUCUUUACAUUACCAAUGAAUCCUUCCAAAGAAUUCCAUCUGAGCUAUUCAGAUAAGGAAUUGAUGGAUAGAGAACCUAGAAAUGAAACCCAUCAAGAAGUGCUGAAGAGGGCAGCCAAGGACCUCCCUAUCAGUACAAGAACAAUGUCUGGAGCAAUCAGAUACUGUGAUAGAUGCCAACUUAUAAAACCAGAUCGCUGCCAUCAUUGUUCUGUCUGUGAUAAAUGUAUUUUGAAAAUGGAUCAUCACUGUCCCUGGGUGAACAACUGUGUUGGAUUCUCAAAUUACAAGUUUUUUCUUCUGUUCUUGGCUUACUCUCUAUUAUACUGCCUUUUCAUCUUUGCAACUGAGUUACAGCAUUUUAUUAGAUUCUGGACAAAUGGCCUUCCUGAUACUCAAGCGAAGUUCCAUAUUAUGUUUUUGUUCUUUGCUGCAGCUAUGUUUUCAAUUAGCUUAUCCUCUCUCUUUGGUUAUCAUUGCUGGUUGGUCAGUAAGAAUAAAUCAACUUUAGAGGCAUUCCGAGCACCUGUUUUUCGACAUGGAACAGAUAAAAAUGGGUUUAAUUUGGGCUUCAGCAAAAACUUAAGGGAAGUCUUUGGAGAUGAGAAAAAGUAUUGGCUGUUGCCAAUUUUUACCAGUCUAGGAGAUGGAUGCUCUUUUCCUACCUGCCUUGUUAACCAAGAUCUUGAACAAGCUUCUACUCCUGCAGCACACAGUGCAAAUAAAAAUGAGAAUAGUCAUCAUUUUCCGGCUAAGACAUUACGAGAUUCCCAGAGCCACCUUCUUACUGAUCCUCAAUCUUGGACAGAAACUAGUGCAGAUACUGAAAAGAACAAACUAGGUGUGAGCAAUCCUGCACUAUCUAUGGAAAAUGAAACCUAG